CUCUCUCUCUCUCUCUCUCUCUCUCUCUCUCUCUCACUUCUCAAACCCUCUAAACCCAAAAGGUCCCCCAACACCUUCUAACAACCACCACCACCACCUUCAUCAUCCAUAUUAUUCAUAACACCCCAUCAUAAUUUUGUUAUAAAAAACAAAAUUUCUUACAUGGAUUUGCAAUGAAAGUGAGAGUAUUCAAUUAUGCGAACGCUUUGUGAUGCUUGUGAGAGCGCAGCCGCCAUCGUUUUCUGUGCUGCUGAUGAAGCUGCACUCUGUCGUGCUUGUGAUGAAAAGGUUCAUAUGUGCAAUAAGUUAGCUAGUAGACAUGUUAGGGUUGGUCUUGCAAGUCCAAGUGAUGUACCGCGCUGCGACAUAUGUGAGAAUGCACCUGCUUUCUUCUAUUGCGAAACAGAUGGAAGUUCCCUUUGUUUGCAAUGCGAUAUGAUAGUUCAUGUUGGCGGUAAAAGAACACAUGGACGAUAUCUUCUCUUUAGGCAAAGAGUUGAGUUCCCAGGUGAUAAACCUAGUAAUGCCGAGAAUCCAUCUUCGCAACCUUUGGAUCCAGGUGAUAUUAAAAGAGGACAAAGUCCACUUCCUAAACAAAAGAUGGGAGAGAAGCAACAGAAUCAUAGGGUGCCUCCCGUUCCAAGUUUAGAACCUAAUGCCGAUGGGAAUACCAAGAUGGAUAAUAAAUUGAUUGAUUUGAACAUGAAGCCUAAUAGAAUACAUGAUCAUGCAUCAAAUCACCAGCCAUAGAUCAUGCUACUAGACAAUGCUAUUCAGACACCAAAAAUCAAAUCGUCAAAAGGCGAAAGCUUCAUGUUGUUGUCAUGAAUGUUAAUCACAAAGGUGGCAUGUUGUGUUAACAUCAUGUUUUGGCAAAUGAGGCAUUGGAGCAUCAAAUUCUGAAGAAAUAGUUCUCCCUCCCAUCAUGUAGGAAUUUAGUUUUUUCAGUUCAACACAUUGUAUCUGUACUGCAAAGCAUUGUUAACUAUACACAUGUGAUCCCUUUGAAUGAAUUGUGUGUUGAAUUUUGUUUUUCA